AUGGCAAGAGCUCUCGCCUACGGUGGAGCAGCUGCCGCAGCUGCCUUCGGCCCGCCGUGGCUAGCCGUGCUCGGUGUGGCCAUGCUCUCCGUCUGGGCCAUCACUCUCGCCGUCCUCCUCUGUGGCGACAGCUCGGACAGCCCGAGACGACCAAGAUACAGCGGUGCUGGCGCUGGAGCAGCUGGCGUCGGCACCGUCUGUGGUGCCAGUGGUGGUGGUGGAGGGGGCUGUGGUGGAGGUGGAGGCGGCGGUGGUGGUGGAGGGGGCUGUGGCGGCGGUGGCGGUGGUGGUGGAGGGGGCUGUGGCGGCGGCGGCGGCGGCGGCGGCGGCUGUUGA